CUCAGAUUGAACACGAAGGGCUGGACAGGUCAGGAAAUUGGUGUGAUCUGGCUAGAGAAGAAUUUCGAGCCUGAGACUGCAACGUGCAAUUGUAGCGGUGCUUCCUGCCUUCUCAUUCUAGACGGGCACAACUUCCACUGUACAUAUUGUUUCAUCAAAUAUGCUGCCAAUCAUAGCAUUCUCGUUGUAUGCCUUUCCUCUCACACUAUACAUGCGCUGCAGCCCUGCAAUGUCGAAGUAUUUGGCCCUUUG